GGAGGGGGUAUGUAUCACUUGACGGACAGGCGGCGGUCUCAGCAGGGCCUCGGCUCGUUGCAUCAUGGCCUCCGCGAGUUGCAGCUUCGCCGGCGGGCCGAGCGAGGAUGCGCACAUCGCAAGCAUCGGCCGAUGCACAGCCGUGAUCGACGAUGACGGCGAGCUGGUGGACGAGAGCUACCCGCUGCUGCGGCGGGCGCACAAGAGCGUCUUAUCGCUCACCUUCAGGGUGCUGCUGCUGUUCGUGCUGUUCGCCACUCUGUUCGGCGGCAUCACUGUCGGCAUCUGGCUGGUCAUCGAGGCCGAGCGCUUGGAGGCGCCGGUGGUGAGCCGGGAGGAGUGGGGCGCGCGCCCGCCCGUGCCCGGGGGCACGCAGCCCCUGCCCCAGUUCCCGGCGCGCUACGUGGUGGUGGCGCACACGGCCUCGGCGCCCUGCGACUGCGCCGCGGGCUGCGCGCAGGCGGUGCGCCGCGACCAGAACUACUUCAUGGACCAGCUCCGCUACGCCGACGUGGGCUACAACUUCCUGGUGGGCGGCGACGGCCGCGUGUACGAGGGCCGCGGCUUCCGCACGCAGGGCGCCUUCGCGCGCCACUUCAACAACCGGUCGCUGGGAGUGGCGUUCAUAGGUGACUUCGAGAUCAUAGCCCCGCCCAGGGUACAGCUGGACGCGGCCCGGUCGUUCCUGCGGCACGCCGUGGACAGCGAGCAACUGGCCGCCGACUACAAGCUGGUGGCCCACAGGCAGGUGGCCAACACCUCCAGCCCCGGAGAGCAGCUGGCCGCCGCCAUACGCCUCUGGCCGCACUGGGACGACUGCUACCGGACCUGCUAGCCGCCGCCGUCCGUCCAGCGGCUCUUUUUACCAAAAAAUAAACUACAUUAUUUUUAUAACUAGAUACCUACGAUCAGGGGCGCAACAACAGGGGAGGGGGGCAAGGGUAUUUUGCACCCCCCCCCCCCUUCCGAAACCUUGAAGUGGGGGCAAACGGGGGAAAAGAAAGUGCUUUGUAAUCAAUUUUUAGAUAAUAAAACUGCUAAAGUAGCACCAUUUUCCCGGGGGAGGACCCCCGGACCCUUGCUUCAAUAGGGGGGAUCGAUGAUUCUUUAUAAAAAGGUAUAUUGCCCCCCCCCCCUUUUUAGGAAAUUUAAUUGUUGCGCCCCUGCCCACGAUAAUCUACGCACUCUCGAGACCAACGAACGAGUGACGUCACUAAAAAAUUACUCACCGUUCGUGUUUUCAUGCGUGCUCGUGCUUGUGUCUACGCAUCGCUCAUUAAGCACUUCAUCUUCAACGUUUUUGAACGAAGGAAAAAAAGUGCCGCGCCCAAGGUGAUGUUUUUUUUUUAUCAUCCUUGCCCACGCUUCAUUGUUACGUAUCCAUAUCUCCUCUUCCGUUCCGCUUACAUUUCGCGUCCAGUUGCACCGUUAAGGGGCCCGCCUACCUGGGCACACAUACGGUGUGCAGAGCUUCAGGAAAAACAACGCGAUUUCAAAACUACUCAAGAUAUCCGAGUGGGGCCUAUUUACGAAUAGCAUUUAAGAGUUCGCUGAGGACCGAAAAGUACUUUUAAUUUCGGAUUAAUUUUUUAAACUGUAUUUUUAGAAGCGUUAAAAUGCCUAAAACGCGUGUUUUCAGAGUAAUUUUUAGGCAUAAAACAAUCAGUACAGAUUCUUGAAAGCACUUAAGGGGCUUGCAUAACACCUUUAUCUUCAUUUCUCCGGCAUAUAAUGUUACGGUCACCGCACAAAUUUCACAGUUAUCCUGUGACGACGAGACGAAUGCGCGCCAGUUCAGAGACUUGCGCUUAGAGGCUAUACCGCGCUGGAAGCACCAGCGAACGUCGCGCUUAUCAUCCCGCCUCACUAACACACAUACACCCCUGACGUGGCGGGCCCCUUAAGAGUUCAGGCGUGAUCUCAAGUCGUAAACUGGUUUGAUCAUCGUUCGACCACGUUUUCUGUUGUGUUGUGAGCGCUGAUCGUUGCGAAGAUCAUUGGGAGCUACGACGUGAACGGACUGUCGGGUCGACAAUGCGCCCUGUAUAUUCUUAUGGGACGAAAUAGCCGGCAUUUUCACGGAAUUUAUGCACGUAAAUUUAAUCAGACGUAAAUAUCAGAGUAUUAUUUUCAUAUAUAUAACAAACAUUUUACUUUUACACAAGAAUUUUGCUUAUUCUAGUGUUAAAACAUCUCGCGCUAAAUACCUAUUUUUUAAAUGUAUGAAAUUGUUGUUAUUUUAGUAAUAGGUAGUUAUCGGACGUCCCGGCUUUUUAGAACGAAAAGAAAAAAUUCGGAAAACGUGGUUUUCACACACUACACACGUUGCUAAAUUUACUCCCAAGGGAUGGUUUUGCAAUUACUAUUGGUUUGAGAAAAAAUUAUAGUUUGAUAUCUUACAUUGUAAUACCUGUGUUUUUACGCUGCCGCCGACAUUCAUUAUCUACCCGCCACAAAUAGGAAUAUAUGUUUUGCAUGGACUAGAGACGUUCCUGAAUUAAUCCUGUAAGGAAUGUUUCUUAAUUCCUACUGGUUUGUGAAGAAAUAACAGUUUACAGAUUACAUGGCAAUGUUCACGCAAUCGCCGUCAUUCAAUGUUCAAGUUUACCCGUGUGGGUUUUUAUAUUUAAUUUUUGUUUCAAGAACUUUAGCCAAUGUAGGUGUUGUUAUAAUGAAAUUCGUUUAAAAACGAUUAUAUUUCAGUUGUAAGGAAUUUUUAAAGCUUGGAUUUCAUGUUUGUUGUUUUAUUAGAAUAAGUAUUUAAUUGUAUUACGAUAUGUUUGCAUUUAAAGUACGUACUAUUUUGAGUGACGUUGUAACGAACGAGUCUAAUGCCAUAUUAGGUACUUGUAAAGAGCAAUGCUCACUCGACGUGAUAAAACGAGAUUAUUUAAUGUACUGCGUUACUAAUGAUUCACGUUACCGUCCGAGUAAAGUCUUGGCGGCUGGCUCCACUAGACACCCAUUAGUUGGUUCUCUGGACGUAACGGAUCAUCGUAGUUCUGAUCAGUGACGGACGCUUGGAGAGAGGGGGAUAAAGGGGGAAAUAUAUAUAUAUAUAUUUUUUUCAAAAUAUCCUGUGUGAGAAGCCACAUCGCCUUCGCCCAUGGCUACCUGCUGUAAACUCAUUUAUGUCAGUAUUAGUCAAUUAAGUUUUUUUAAUGAAUUCACAUGUUCAAAUUUUACAUUUUUUUCUAUUUUCUUUCUUCAAAAUCCUCCUCUACACCCCCCCUCCCCCCCCCAACACCAAAUCCCAAUUGGCGCAGCUGAAUUCAGACUGUCAUAAAAACAUUGAUUAAAAGUCGGGUUGACCGUUUCCUGCCAUACCGCAACACGAUUUUCCACCUGCCAAGAUGUUUUGUUCGGACAGUAGUUUUAAAUUAGUCUUCAGUACGGCAUUGAAUACUUUUCGUUUGAACUUGACGUUAUCAAAUUAGAUCUUUGUUCUUAUUAAUUUUUUUUUCCCCUGAGGCUAAAAUACCACAAACAUUGUAUUGAGAUUCAAUCAGUUUUUCCGCAGUAAGAAACCGCCCAAGAGUACAGGACUAUUUGUUCCCACUGCACAUGCGCGUGAUGUACAGAGGUAUGGGUGGGUGAGCAGUGCAUGGCAUUUUCAGAAAUACUUAAUUUUUGUACUAUGGAAUAGUGUUUAAGGUAUUUUCUCUUUUGAGAUGUAUAUUUGCUUUUGCAUCAAACAUUUAUAUGAAAAUAAAACUAUAUUGAAGUAUU